AUGCUUGUUAACACCCUUACUGUUGCCCUCGUCCUCUCCGCGGCGUCCGUCUUCGCCCAGGCCCCGCUGGUCGUCAACACGCCAACUGAUGCUCGUCAGUGUGAGAACACGCUGAUCACCAUCUCGGGAGGCCUAGGACCCUACUUCUUGGAGAUCCAGCGCGGUAACGAAGUCGUCGAGUCCUUCCAAACGGGCGGGACGUUCAUAUGGAACACCAAUGUUCCUGAAGGCUCACAAAUUGUCCUCCAAGCUAUCGACGCGGACGAGCAUUUCGUCCAGAGCGCAGCUUUCGUCGUUCAGCAGGGAUGGGCGCGCGGCGGAAGGGUGUGCGGCAAUGUCCUGGAUUGCGUGUGA